CUUCUGACGUCACACAAGUGACAAUCGUGACAAUGUCAAAUAAAGGUGUCCUAUUUUGACGAGUGAAGUUAGUGACUUUUCUUCAGGUCUUCGAAUUAAAUAUAACUUUUAAUUUUUGCUAAUGGCUAAAGAUAGUAAGAGAAAGUUACGAAGAUUCUAAUAAUACAUACUUUACUUAGUUUACAAUCAUACAUUAAUAUUCCCAAACAAAGGCCGUGGUGCCAAUGAAAAUUUACAAAUCAUGACAACCCGAGGAAGUUUUAAGAACGCCCGGAUGAACUACAAAGUGCAAAAUGAUCCCGUUGACCCUAAAGGUACCAAGCCAACUCGCGAAGAAUCCUCAAUACUUGAAAUUUUCGUGUUGAUGAUUGUGCACAUUUGCAAGAAGAUUUUGUUUUUUGACACAAAUUUGAAAAUAGCAGUAUACUUAGGAGCGCUCUUUUUAUUAUCUAUCGUUGCUGAUGUACUAACGUUCCCGAAAACAUACUUUUCGAGGAGUGAUAAUUUAUUCAACCAAUAUUUUGUGAAAAUUGGGUGGUUUUGGACUCUAUUUUUGACUGUGCCUUAUGUAUUAUUAACAUCCUAUACAACAUGCUGUGGAAAGAGAAGGAUAAUAGCAACAUCUCAUUUAUCAAGAUUAUUGGUUGCUACAGCAUUUUGGUACAUUUGGACCACUGUUUUUAAUAUGAUAGAAACCAGUUAUGGGCGCUGCAAUAACAAAGGUUUUAACAACAAAAUAUCAUGCCUUCAGGAAGGGCAUUUUUGGAAUGGAUUUGAUAUAUCUGGCCACUGCUUUAUUCUUAUUUAUUCAAGUUUGGUUAUGAUUGAAGAAGCAAAAGCCAUCAAUGGAUGGGAGAGAAUAAAAGACUACAUAAGAGAUGAGAAGUAUGCUCGCAGUGUAGAUGACAAGUCUGCAAGCGUUAACCCAUUGAAAAAUAUAAGUACAGAUGAGUUGACUAUAUUAAAAAUAUCCUAUGAAAAUUUUACACCAUAUGUAAGAGCAUAUUUAAUAGCCAUUGCUUUGCUGCAGUUGCUCUGGGAUGUCAUGCUUGUGUCCACUAUUUUAUAUUACCAUAUAAUGGUGGAAAAGUUUAUCAGUGGUGUCAUAGCAGUGCUCACUUGGUUUGUGACUUACAGGGUAUGGUUUACCAUACCAAAUAUUGUACCUAAUUUACCUGGAGAAGGUAUAUUUAAAUAUAACAAUAGAAAUAAUGCAGUACCUACAACACCAGUAUAUCGAAAAAGGAGUUCUACAAAUGGCAAACAUUUUAUGGGUAUGCCAAUCAAUACAAGCUAUGACUCUGAAAAUACAAAAGAAGAGGCAAGAUAGAAAAUUUUUGAAUGGUGGCAUAUUUAAGUGGGUCUGGUUGUAAUAGUUUUGGGAUAUUUCAGUUUGGGUUUGUUUUUUAUUUAAUUAAUAAGUUAUAAUUAUGUAAGCAACCAGUAGGUUUAUUUGUACUUUUUUAGGACUUCCUACAACAACUUGUGAAUACUGAUACAUGUGGUUCAGUAUGCCUGCCCUAAACAUUCAAGAUCUUAUCUAUUCUGAAAUAACUUACUUUUGGAUUAUGUUCACUUGUUUUGUUUCUUUGGUGACUGCUAAUGUGAAAUAUUAUAUUGUGGUUAUUGGGCACAUUUAAAAUAAACUUAAUAGAAAUAUAAAUUAUCACUAAUUGCACCAACAAAUUAUAAUAAAAAAAAUACAUGCGAAAUAUAAAAAAAAAAAAAUGUAAAUUUAUUGAGUGCCCAUGGUACCUUUAAUUGCGUCAGUAAUUUUCUUGUUUUAAACAUUACAGUAGUAGUUGUUAUUUAUUAAUCCAAGCAUUUGGAUGGUAUUUAUUGUCAGGAAUAAAUUUAAUUCUAACAAUAUCUUGUAAAUAAAACCAAAUUACAUAUUUUACGGUUUUAAUAAAUAUCUUAAAAGGUAAA